GGCACUCACACCAAACUUAGCAGUCGAAGGAGCUUACACACAACCAACUCUUCUCUCUUGUCUAGUUUCACCAGUGGAACACUUCGCGUGCGUGCGUAGUUUCGAUUUUGCCAUUCACGUGGUUUUGCGUAAAGACCCUUGUCGAUUGUUAAAAAAUAUAAUACUAAUCCUUUCGCGGUGUUUCCGUGUGCACCUGCGUUGCUCUGUGUACGAGGAUGGGCCCCGGUCGGGUGCUGCUGUCUGUAGUGGUCCUUUGGGCCCUAAUCGUGUCUGGUGGGGCGGCGGUGCGGAAGAAAGUCCGGCCGCCCCUCGUUGAGGAAGAAACGAGGCGCAAGGUGACCAAGCAGACACAUUGUCAGUUCGGCAACCACACCUAUGAGCUGGAAGAGCGAUGGAGACCGGACCUCGGACCUCCCUUUGGAAUGCUCUAUUGCAUGAGGUGCGAAUGCAUACCGGUUCAGCGGAAGCGCAGGAUCCUAUCCCGUGUUCGAUGCAAGAACAUCAAGAAUGACUGUCCAAAACCAUCCUGCGACGACCCUGUACUACUGCCUCAGAGAUGUUGCAAGACGUGUCCCGGAGAAGAUUAUGCGGACCUGGAAGAAGACAUCGCUGCCAGAAAGUUGGAAUCGGAGGAUGAGGAAAAGAUUCUGAAAGAGUUCACAGUUCUUUUGACCGGUCAAAUCUUGGUUCCCCCCGUUCCCGUAGGCGGCGCCGCCAGCGGUUACCUGGUCUACACCAAGAGGGAUCUCCACUACUCCAUACACUACAGAGGAAUUCCUCGACCCAUCUCUAUUCGUUUUACCAAUGAAGAAGGAAACAUUUUGGAAGAGCAUGAAAUCCCACCUGCACCCCACCAUUCCCAGGGAUCCAAAGUGUGCGGCGUCUGGCGCAAACUCCCGAAGGUUUACCGCCGACUGCUCCAGAAGGACAAGCUCAUCUUCGUACUCGCCACCGCCGAGCAUCCGGAGGGUAUCGUCGGAGGAAGGGUCAUGAAACACAACGCCAUCAACACAGAGGCGUACGGCAGUCUGCUGCUUCCGGACAGCAGAAGUUCGGGUGAGGUGUUGGGAAGUGGGGGCAUGGCAAGUAUUUUUCCAGUCACGGACAGCAUCCACGUCUCUCUGGGAUUUAACGGAAUAUUUACUUCCAAAGCAGAAGCAAGCUCCAAAUCGUUUGACGCCCGCGAUGUCCCUCUGGUAGUGAGCUUGAUGUACGAAGAGACGGAUGGCACGAUGCAGACGAUCGCAGAGACAUCGACCACCCUCGCCAAGGCACAUCCGGACUACAACAGUGCGACCGUGAAACUGGAUCUCCUUCCUUCCCUUCAGGAGCGUCUGUCCACCGGGCAGUUUGAGCUGAGGAUCGCUUCGAAAGACGGACAAAGAAUGCAGAGUGGACGCAUCAUGCCCAAGGUUACGUGCAAUGUGUUCCAGGCUGUGAUGACCCCGACAGAGGUAGUUGACCCUACCAGGGAUCCUGUCACUGGUUUCAUGAUUCUCGAUAUUGGAUCAGACGGCUUCAUCCAUUACAAAAUGCACGUGAGCGAUCCGAGCAUAGAGACUGUGACUAUCCGUUUGGAGACGGAUGUCGAGACUCCCAGUGGCACAGGCAUGAGGGUCCUGCAGCAGGUCACACAGAACCUCACUGACUCAUGGGGAAACGGUUCGUUUGCCCGCCGCAGCAGUCAAGAGGUAGAGAUGAUGCUGACUGACGACCUGGUCGUUUCUGUCUACGCCGAUGCCUUGCCCUCAGUGCAUUCAGAAACAACUUCGUUUCUCGUGCACAGGACGACCCCUGAAGACAUGGCAAAAACUCGCACUAUCCGUUCCGAGAAAAACAAAAUGGAGUUGCGGGGACAGGUUCGACAGAGGCUUUACACAGAUGCCUUACUCAAUGAAGUUCCCAUCCUCCUGUCCGGCGGCAACAGCAGCGCGGGGGGCAUCGCGUGGCUGUCCAUCGACAAAGACUGCGUGCUCCACUACCAGGUGUACGUGUCUGGACUCGACCAUCGCGAGAGGCACAUCCUGGAGCUGCUUCAGGUGAGACCGGGCAAGUGGAACUCCCCUUUGCAGAGAGUGCUCAAAAGAUUUGAAGGCGAACAGGUGGAGGACUUGGCAGAGGAUCUGGAUGGUCGCCAUUUGGCGUAUCUACAGGCUGGUUACUCAUACCUGGUUGUGACGUCCAAGCUGUCCGGCAAAGCGAAGGCAAUGCAGCUCAGAGCGAAAAUAACAGAGUUGUACACCCCUCCGAGCUGUCUGCCUCGCUACGACGUCACCUCAAUGCAGAAGUCCAAUGGUGGCAACGCCUAUCAGGACGGCUACAAUGAUGUGUACGGUACUGGGGGCUCCGAUCACCAGUGUGUGUACGACGACACCCUCUUCGAGGACGGAGCGCACUGGAAGGCGGAACACGAAGAGUGCACCAUGUGUUCCUGCCAGCGGGGUCACGUGGUAUGCGAGCGUACCGUAUGUCCGGAACCGACGUGCGAGAACCCUGUCAGCGUGCCUGGCGAAUGCUGUCCCUUCUGCCCGAGCAACACCUCCCUCUCAGACCAGCGCGGUACUCAGCGGCUUUGCUUUUUCGCCGAUGGAGACAAGAAGUACCAUUUGGCGGGGAGUUGGUGGCAUCCUUAUGUACCCCCUUUCGGAUUCAGCAGGUGUUCUCUUUGCACGUGCGAGUCCAAAUCGUUGACUGUGAAAUGUGAGCGCAUUACGUGCCCUCCUCUCACCUGUUCAGAGAAAGAAUCGCACCGAGAGCAUCCGAAUGCCUGCUGCAAGAAAUGUCCCACUUCGCCCAUCCUGAAGUCGGAAGUCAUCGUUCCUCCAUCCUCCGGACAGCUUGGCGAUCAAGGAAGGGAGAAAAUGAUCGCUAAGGAAAUACUUGCCAAUGGAGGUUGCAAGUAUCAGGAUCAAGUGUACCCCAAUGGUGACGAGUGGCAUCCGAUAGUCAAGCCGUAUGGUAUUGAGAGAUGUGUCAAGUGCCAUUGCAAAGACGGUCGAGCAAAAUGUAAACGCAAGAAAUGUCCCAAAGAAGCAUGUCCCGUCAAGGUGCAGGGAGAAGAUGGUUGCUGUGAAAAGUGCCUCGAUUCGGUGUCUUCGGAAUCGUCAUCGCGAUCUUCGGAAGGUAAAGGCAAGAAGAAGAGGAAAGAGCGCGAGCGAAGACAUCGCAAGACCAGACAACCGAAGGAGAAGCAGCAGCAACACUGAUGACACUCAUCGUGCAACCUCGGCCUCUUCUUCUCAAGGCGCCCCCUCUCGCUUGUAUAUAUAGUUCUCUACCAGCGGGCCGCCAUUAUUUAUUUCAAAAGACUGCUUCUUCGUGUCGUCCUGUCAUCAUCCGCGCCCUCACACUUCUGCACCUGGACGGUGAAGCCGGUAUGUGCAAACAUAUCUAUUGACACUGACGGCAAAUCAUGGAACUUGGUGUAUUAUUCUGGACGCAGUCUCUAUCAUGGCCAUCCUGGCGAAGAUGUCGCUAUUGUGCCAAAUUCUUGUGCUACUGUGCCGAGGGACUCUUCUUUCUUGUAGUCGACUCGUCUAAACAAGUGAACGUUACUUAAUGAAAAAAUUCGACAUUCUCUCACGUGCCAUGUGGAGCGAAGAGUUCAAAAGGAACUUGAGACUUUUGGAACGUUGCUUUUCUUUGUUGUUUAAUUUCAUUUCAGUGUUGUAAUUAUAUAUAUAUAUAUUUGCGUUCAGCCUUUUAAAUGCUGUAGACGAAAUGAUUGGAGUAUAACAUAUGACUCAGGUAUUAUGUCUCAAAGAAAUGUUUCGAAUUUGGCUCCAAACAUUUCAUUUUACGGAAAACUUGGAUUUCCGAAAGUAAUAAUUAAUUUUCUUUCUUUAUUAUUUUCAAAGACAAUUCAUUUUGACAUAGAAAAUUAUUAUUGGCAGCACCAGAUUUGGCAUCUUAUUCUUUCUACUCAUUUUCUAUUUUUAACGCGAAAAUGCAGUUGCGAAACGCAAUGAAAUGAAACUUUUGUUGAAAAUAUCAUUGGAUUUUAUAGAUUUUUAGAUCUUUUUAAAAUCGAUUCUUUUGAAAUAUAUAAAUUGUUUUUGAAUAUAUUUGAAUAAUAUUCAGAACUACUUAAUAGCUGUUAUGCUACAUUGUGACAUUUUCUCCACACAUUGUCAAAUUGAAUUGUCCUUGAUUUUAGCCUAAUUAUUUUUUUGUUAAGAUUAUACUUUUUUUCCGUGAUGGGAAAUAUGUGAAAAAAUUUUUAUGAAAUUUCUGUUGGCGAUUUUUUUGAUGACGGAGUAUUAAGAGGUUGUUCGGAGUUCAAGGUCGAAAUGGUUCCUUCUCAUACCACCGCUGUUUCCUUUAAUGGCUUUUUUUCCCCCUGGUGGUUGCGAUGCAGCUUACUUUAUGAGCUUAUUUCCUUUUAAAUUUUAAAUUCAAGUUUAAUAAGUGACUAUAUGAAAUUAUCCCCUUAUUUUCAAUGUUUUUGGGUUCUGCAUUACAUCAAAUUCUUCAAAAAGUUAUUUUCUCAAUUACAUAAACCAAAGUAUAAUCAAACUCGUAUGUUCAUGUUUUGUGAUUUAUUUGAAGAGCAAAGUCUUUUUCUCAUACUUUAAUAAAAGUGUUAAGGGAAAUUUUUUUUCCCUUGGAAAUAAGCUCUGAAGGCUUAUUCUACUUUCAUAAAAAUUCUAUAAACUCGCUAUUGUAAUUUUUUGUAAAAAGAAACAUUAGAAGUUAGCAUUUUUCUAGUCAGUUUUGUAUUGACAAUUUUCUGAAUUUUGGCGUUUGCUGUCAGCUCGAUCCUUGUAGAUGAACAGAAGAGAAUGAUAGAAAAUAUGUUUAUUAAUAUAAAUGUUUUUAUGAGCCGAAUUUUUACAAUAUUAUAAUGAAAGAAAAACUCUCUGGGUAUUAAUAUUUUCAGUAUUAGUUAGAAAUCCUCAUAUUUUUACCACCUCUUUAAUAAACUGACUUUGUAUAGCUAGUAAAAAAUACGAUUAAUAACUGAAUUCAUAAAUUGAAUCAUUGUAAUUUGGAAACUUAUCUAGUGUUCCCUGCAGAGGUUUUAAGGCGCUGCUUGGUUUUUAAAACAAGAUACCAUUUUAUAGUUUCUUGAGUGAAUAUAUUUGGUUUAUUUAUGAUGACGUUGUAUUUUAUGUAAAAGUAUCCGAGAGGAGCAUUAUCUCGCGAAGAAAAGGCUUUUCCAUUUUUUUAAAAAAAUAAAAUGAUUAUUCUUUUUUUAGUUACUAGCAUUUAAAAAUCUAAACCUGGAUUUUAUUGAAUCACAAUUUUUUCUAAUAGCUUCUAAUGAAAACAAAAUUUAUAGACGUGAAGCUUUUGGAAAGAUACACAGUGACUCGAAUGCACGAACAGUUUCGGUUGAUUGAAAAAAAAAAUCAACUCGAUCACAACUUGUAAUUGUCCGUUUCGCAAAAACUAAAUUUUUUUUCUGUUUAUAACAUUCAUUUUAAAUACUUAACUGAUAACCGCGUCGUCUAUAUCUUUUUUUCAUUUAAAUAUUUCGUAAUUCUCCAUUUUAUGAAUGGUCAUCUAGAACAGAAUUUUCAUUUAAUUAUUAGAAAGAAAGAAAAAAGUUUUAGUUUGUUAAGUGUGGAGUACAAAUUUAGAAACUUGCCUGUAAGUUAUUUAAAUGAAGUGAAGCGUAGGCAAAUGCUACUAUUGUAAAUUUUACAGAAAAUUUUAUUGAAGCAACAUAAAAGUGAUUUUAUACCAAUAAAUUAACAAUGCAAAUGUAAAAGAAAAUGUUAGUUCUUUCAGUGUGUCAUUAAUAAAAGAAAAUAAAUAAAAUUUUCUUCACAAAAUGAGUAGCAAUAGUUGCAAUGUAAAGCAAUAAUAUCAUUAAAUUAUAUUAUUCAGAUAAUUGCCGUUAAUAUAAAGAAAUAAUCAUUGACUGUUUAACCCUCUCACUGCUAAACUGGCCGGACCCGGAUCGGCUUUGCAAGUUCCAUAGAAUGGGAACCGACCAUUUUUUGGCCGGUUUCUUUUUUUAACGAGGAUGUAAAAUGAGGGCUUCCUUAGCUAUCAUUUGCUUUACAUCCUUGUUUGAAAUAGGAACCAGUCCUAAAACGGUCUAACGCAUAGAGGCCGGAUUAGUAGUGAAAGGUUAAAUGACGCGUCAAGAUAAAGUAUAUUUUUAAUAUGUGAAACGCAGUUAGUAUUUAUCUAAAAAUAUUGUUUGUAAAACUAUUUGUGAUUUCUACUUCUAGUCUGGAAGCUGAAUGCAAAAGCUUUGUUUGAAAUACCUUGCAGUCGUUUCGCUUUUCACUAUCCAAAGCAGCCCAGGAGCGUGAGUGGCGCCCCAUUUCUUUCGAAGCGCAUCAUACGGGUACUUUUCGCAAAGAUUAGUAUUGAGUGACCGUAGCAAAGGAUCAAAGCACGCGACUAUAGUUUUUACCUAAUUAUAAUCCCUACGUGUCUUUUUUUCAUUUGUUGAUCGAAUUUUAGAUUUCCUUGAUUGUUUAUUUAUGUUCUUAUAAUAUUUCGUUUCUUAUAGUAGCUUGUAAGGAAUAACAUUUCUCAUAUAAGAAUAAUGAAAGUGUUUUUUACAAUCGUCGAAUUAUUUUUUACAAUAGAAUAUUUAAAAAAAUGAACACCAAAAAAUUUAGAAUGAAUAUACAUUUAGAAAUAGAGGCAAUAUUUGUAAUUUUUUAAAAAAUAUAUUUAUUUUAAUCAAAAAAUUUCAUCGGUAAAAUUUGAGAAUAUUCACUAAAAAUGCUUAAUUUUUAAUAUAAUUUUCUAUAUUAAGAAUACGUUUUUGAAUGAAAUAAAAAUGUACUUUCAUUAUUUGUAAUAAUUCUUCUGCAGAAACAAUGUCGCUUAUUACUAUAUAUAUGAAAAUCUUUGUCAUUUGAUUUCCUCAAAUCAUUCAUUUAGUUUAGAGCAAAAUUUGCACCAAGCAACCUUAUAAGUCAAGUAUAUAAGCCAGUAUAAUAUCUUAUGCCUACAUCAUUCAAAGUAUUACUCAUUUUUUAAAAAAAUUAAAUACGUUGAUUUUUUUUUUCUUAAAAUGGAACUGAAGUCCGUUGAAAAGGCCACGACAUUCGCAAAUUCUUUUUUCCGCCCCCUUCAUCUAUUUAUAUGUUGCUUUCACAGACAAAGGUCAAAUUCUCAUAGUGUUGACCCGAUUACUUCAUUUCAUUGUAAUCGAAUCUCCCGUGUAAGUGUAUUUUUGUUGUAGAAUAAAUAAAAAUGCUUUUAUAAGACA